AUGAGUAAAAAAAUUACCCCAACUAGCAGAAUAACUUCAAACGACUCGAAGCUUACGCGAUCCCAAACGCGCAGCAAUCCCCAACUGAAAAGCCUCCUACAUAAAGAGUUAGAAAAAAACGCAUUCAGAAGGAGCAGCAAGAUACAAUACUCACCUACAAAGAAAACUAAGGAAACACAAGCAGAAAUUUCAAGAACCGAAGAUUCAUCAGUAACUCAAACAGAAGAACAAGAUUCAGUUUUACAAGAAAACAACUUUUCAACAAUAAAUACCACAAUAGACCUUGAUAGAAAUCAACGAUACUCAGACUUUGGAGGAAUUUACAACGAACAAAGCCUGAUCUUAGGAAGUUCAAAAGAUAUAUUUUCAAAUCCUGAACUACAAAGUCAAGAGGAAGGAAAAACACUUCCCGAAAAAGAUAAACAAGAAAUCAUACUCCAAAAAAAUUUUGAAAAUAACCUACAGAAGGAAAAUCCACGGAAAAGCGAUUUUCUGGCAUUAGUAAACAUCGACACACUCAUCGAAGACCCGCCUACCACAAAGCAAAAAACAAAAAUCACUAGAGAAAAUUCUACGCCAUCAAUUAAUAAAAUACCUAAAAAUAUGAAUAACAAAGAAAAACCAAUGAAAUUACAAUUGAAAGACGUAGCAGCCUUCGUCGCAGAGUUCGAUGGCAAAAACAUAUCACCUAUGGAAUACAUCUCCAUGUUAAAAGAAGUAAAGGAUAUUAUAGAUGAUAUCGAUGAGAGAAAUCUUACAAAACUAUUAAAAAUAAAAAUUAAAGGUGAAGUAAAAGAAGCCAUAAGAGGAAGCAAAGUGGAAAAUAUAACAGACUUAAUCAACGCAAUCAGAACUCUAUACCCCAUCAAAGAAGACAUACACGCAUUAUAUGCAAAAGUUCGUCAGAUAUCACAAGAAGAAGAUGAAUCAGUCGUACGCUAUACUAACAGGAUACGACAAUUAGUAUUGAGAAUAAAAGAACUAAAUAAAUGGGAAGACACUACAGCAAUAGAACGAACACAAUUCGAAGCUACACUCGAUAAAGAAGCAGCUAAAAGCUAUAGAAAAGGAUUAAAAGCAGAAAUUAGAUAUGAAAUAGGCCCAGGAACCACAGUACAAGAAAUGUCGACAAGGGCAAUAGACAUCGAAAGUGACAUAGAAAAAAGGAAAUACACAACAAAACCAAAUAGAAACUAUACAUAUUCGAAUAAUAAAGAAGAAUUUCAGGAAACAAAAAUUCUCACAUGUCAAAUAUGCAGAGAAUUUUCGCAUGAAGCUCUAUUUUGUCGCACGGCAGCCUGCGUAUAUUGUAAAGGAACAGAUCAUUUUUCGAAUAGUUGCAAGAGAGUGCCAAAGAAAAUUAAUCUAAUAUGCAAAUUCUGUAGCCAACCAAGUCAUUCAAUAAGUGCCUGUCGUUUAAACAAAAGGCAAAAUAUACACUGCCAAUAUUGUCAAGAAAUGGGACAUGAAGUAGAUCAAUGCCCACACAUCAGUAACUACGAAGCAUGUUGGAAAUGCAAUGAAACGGGACACAACCCAAUAAAUUGUAAGAAUGACCAAACUUCAAAACAAAACAAAUGUGAAAAUUGUGAGAAGAUUGGACAUACAAUACAGCAAUGCCCGGAAGUAAUAUGCAGAAAAUGCAAUAAUAUGGGCCACCUUGUAAAAGAUUGUAAAGCAGGAGAAAUAAAAAAGUCCCUAUAUAAAAUAUGUGCUAUCUGUGAAGAAGUGGGUCACGAACAAGACACCUGUGACCAAGUAAAAAUCAUGUUCACAGAAUUCAAAGCCAAACAGAAAUUUAAGUGCCAGUAUUGCGAAUAG